UUAUGUGACAUAUUUGACGCUUGCCUUCAUUUUAAUUCGUGUAUGAUUUAGAGUUUGUAUGAAAAUUCAUAAAAUUUGUAUUAAACCUGGGCAUUAUUCUUCAUAUUGCAAUAAAGUGUAAUCGAUAACACUGCCAAAUAUUUGUAAUACACAAUAUGGUGAAGCUAACGCCGGAACUAAUAAAUCAAUCAAUGCAAUUUAUAAAUCCUUGCCGGGAGCGGGAAUUGGAUUUGCGCGGUUAUAAAAUUCCACAAAUUGAAAACUUAGGCGCUACAUUGGACCAAUUUGACACAAUAGAUCUUUCUGAUAAUGAUCUGCGAAAAUUGGAUGGGAUACCGUAUUUACCGCGUCUAAAAUGCCUGCUACUUAACAACAAUCGUAUCCUGCGUAUUGGCGAUGGUCUGCAUGAAGCGGUACCGAAUUUACGCUCAGUUAUUUUAACAGGAAACAAUCUGCAGGAGCUAAGUGAUUUAGAAGCACUUGCGUUACUACCUCACCUCGAAACAUUGUGUUUGCUUGUAAAUCCUGUUUCAACAAAACCUUAUUACCGCGAGUACAUGGCUUUCAAAUUUCCCCAGCUGCGUUUGCUUGAUUUCAGGAAGAUCAAGAGAAAGGACCGUAUUGAGGCACAAGAAUAUUUUCGUACUAAACAGGGUAAAGAUAUGUUGAAAGAAGUAGUGAAGAAAUCAAAGCUUAAUGCAUCGGUCGCUGCUGCGGAAGCAGGAGGCAACGUCGCUGCUGGUAGUGCAGCGAGAGCGGCUAAUCCAGAAGAUUUACAACGUAUACGAGAUGCGAUAAAAAGAGCGAACUCUCUUCAAGAGGUGGAGCGACUAUCACGUAUACUACAAAGUGGACAACUGCCCGAAAACUUUGAGCUCGAACUAAGCCCGAAAGGUGUUACACAGAAUGGCAAUGGCAUAGAAUCUAUGGAUUUUUAAAAAAUAUAUUAAAACACUGGUUCUAAAGUAGUUGAUUUGGACUGACAUUUGGAUUAAAUACUUUAUGAACAUAUGUAUAAAAAAAACCUUAAAUAAGUAAAGAAAAAAACUGAAACUGUAACGCUAUGUGAA